CAUCUGAGUAAAGUGUCGCCAGUAAUGAUACUGUUGUAAAGCAACACGAUGCAGUCCACAACCAUGCAGGAGCAACCCUGUGAUUUUUGCAUUUCAGCUAUGACGAUCUCCCGCAUCUGUUGGCAUGGAAGUUUGAUGUAAUUAUGCAGCCUCCAAGCUUCUCUGGUCGUGGCACGAUUGGGCAUUUUGUUACUUGGUUUUGGAUGGACGGAUGAUGUAGAAGAAACCUCAUUAUGGCCUGCUGCUAAUACAGCUCAUCGAACAUGAUGCUGGCUUCAGACAAAUCCGAAUUUAGUAAGGUUAGACAGCUGUGAAGUGCUAGCCUCGAGCAGCCGGAAUUUAAACAGUUUGGAGUGAUGAUAGUGCGUAUUCAUCAACCUUGAAGGCUUUUUGACUCCGCUAUGGUCUUCCCUCUGCGUAGAUUGUGCGUUCGCUUUUUGGACAGGACACUAUGGACGGCGAGGAUACUUCGAUAGAUAUUUAACGGAUCUAUGGAAUCUGCAGAGGUUGAGGGACUGAAGGACAGAAGGACAGAUUAUUCCCAUCCUUCAAGAUUCAAGAUGUCGCAAGGAAUCGUAUUCGUAGCGCGCGGGCCAUACCGUGACCUUAUUAUUAAGGAGGAGGGUAAGCGUCAUUGUGCUUUACGUUUCGACAUUUGCGCACGAAGAGGAUCUGUUAAUCGUGAAUUUUGGCUGGUUACUGCCGGUCGGAGUAUGUUGUGUUGUGGCUGGUUAUUAGGAUAGUCUUGGAGAAUCUGUUGCGCCAAGACGAAGAGGUCGGGGAUGGCUGUGUGCGCCAUGUUCCGCAAGGUGGAAAAAGAUACUAAUCCUCCCCAGGUUAUUUUGAGGAAACAGUAGUCAUACGAAAGCGAUAAUCUCCCCUUUGUCACAGCCUUGUCAAACUGACCGUAAAAUUUAGGUCACAUCUCUAUGAAUGUAUGAAUGCAAAGUCGUCGUAAUCAAUGUACUUGGUCCGCUUCCGUCACGCCACAUGCCAGAUCGAUCGUGCACGUGUGGUGAAAGGGACCCAACUUUGAGCAUUGUGGCUAGCAAAGAGAAGAAGCUUGCCCUCAUAAAAAAUUUCGAUGUUAGAAUCCUUUGGAUUUCAGUAUUCGUGCAAAUAAUCAUAUGUUAGCACACCAGCAUAAUGGUUGGAAGGAUUAGAGAUCUCGCAUUUGAGAUGCUCAAGAAAUCAAGGUCCAGAUGGUAAAUAAAUCCAGGAAUGUCAAAAGGGAUGAAAUGAUGAAAAUUGAUCAGAUCAACAUUCUUGCUGGUGCGAAUCAUUGGCUGUGGAAGUUUAACGUCGUAUUGUUUUAUCCCGACGAAACCGGAACUGGGAAAAUGGCACCACACCCGAGAAUGAGGAUAUGAAUGAGGAUAUUUAAUUGAUGGUCAAUUAUUCGAAGAGAUGUGAUAUUGAUUGAAAUCCUUCGUUGUACAGUAAUUUGUACUGACUCUCUUGUCGGUUGGAGUCGUGGGGGAAGCAAUACUAGCACAUAACAAUCAUUAUUGAGCAUUCCUUGGGAGAAUUCAUACUUCUUGGCUAAAAGUGGCAAUUUUUAGAAAUAGAUUCAGUGAGCCUUUUCGAUGAGAGCCAGUCGCCAAGUAGGGAAAUGAGUGUCUCCUGGAAAAGAAAAAGAUGUUUUCCAGGUUCAUACCAUGUUUCGGCGCAUCCAUUAUCAAAUCGUUCAAGUGGUUGGAUGAGACGGAACCCAAGAAUUCUUAAUUCCUAGACCCCCGAGCCCCGUCUAACCUCAUCUGU